AAUUUGAAACAAUGAGGACGAAGUUGUAUGUUUUAGAUGUUUUUUUCCGAUAUAUACAUUGCUGGGGGGAAGACCUACGUAGCUUUAGCUCCAACCCAGAGAGAAAUCUUGCAUUCUGCAUAAAAUCCAGUAGAUGGCGGUAAUAACAGCUAGUUUGUCAACCACCAAUAAACGCCAGAAAAAAGGCAGUAGAAGAAGAAAAGCCGGAAUCCAAACAUGGAGGAACGAGAGGCGUUAAAAAGGCAAAUAGAUCUGCUUCAAAGUCUCAUCAAUAAACAUAAGAGUCUCCAUGGCGACACACCAAGAGCUUCAGAGGUGUCCACAUCAUCCAGAGGGAGGAACCACAGCACGUCUGUCAUUCAUCCACACAACUUGAGGAGGAGCCCUUUAACGAACCAGAGCCACGGCAGCUGGAGGAAGACGUACUCUCUGAAAAACAAGAACCCUAUUUCGACUGUCUCAACCUCCGUAUCUCAUAGUUCAUUGCCAUCGAGCCACGCGGUGGGAGAGACAAGUAGCGCAUCCAAACCGUCUACUGCGUCAUCGAAGACUGUGCAGGUAAAGAAAGUUGGACAAGCGGAAACUGGUCUCACUGGGAUUAAGAACAUCGCCAAAACGAAAAGGGUUACUUCUGGAAAAGUCCUGGCUGUGUCUCAGGCCCCUUCGGUCGCAAAAUGUAUUCAACCAGAAAGGCAGCAACAGAAGGGUUCUUCUGAAAGCCGCUCUCCAGCCAAAGACAACACCCUGACCGGUGUGCAUGUCAAACCCCAGUUCUCUUUCCUUAACAGUAAAACCAAUCAAACUCAGACCCAACAUCUGGAUGACAAAAAACAAACAGUCCAAAACAAAAGCUCAUCAACUCAGUCUUCUUUUGCAAAGGUGCAAAAACAACCUUCACACCAUCCCUUGUCACAGUCAAACCAGGCCAGAGGCAGGUUUUCAAAGUCCAAGUUUACUUGGGUUAAGAACCAAAGUGGUGGAGGUACGGAGCCUAGCACAAGUAGUUGUAGUCGUGCCGUUUCUUCACCCACGGGUAGAACUUUGGACUCCAAAGUUGCAACCCUGUCGUCCCCCGGCAUCCGAAAAACCCCUGCCAAAAGGUUCACCCGGAAAGCCAUUCCAACCAUCCCAGCCCCCAGGACGUCCAAGUACCAAUGGGUUUCAUCAACCGCCAGGACCCAAGCUAAGACGUCUAGAAAAUCGCUCUCUCCCAAAUUGCCGACCAAUACUCAGAGAUUCCUGGAAAUAGGAGAAACUCCGAAGAAAAUAAAACCAGCCUCCAGUACCUCGACCAAAUUGAAAAAGAGAUAUGCAACGUGUUCUCCCGUUUCUCCAUUCAGUAGAUAUCGCUGGAAGGCUGGCGGCUCCGGAGCAGGAUGGGACCACCGCAGAUCUUCCUUUGUUUGGACGUCAGAAAAAAUCAACAAGGGAGCAAAAAAGGGGCUGGUCUCUUCCGUGUUGCCUCAGUGUGCCGCCGUCCAAUCAUCUCCCAGUGCAUUCAAGCUUCGCAGCAGGAUGAAAAUCAUCAGGAGGUCUGAUAACAGUGGAAGUCCGUCGGUGAAGGGUGGCGUCCCAUCGGGUGUCAAAUACUCACCACGGGGUCGCAUGCACAGCGCGACACGGUUUCCAACGGGGGCUCGAAGGACACCCACCAGGGAGUUUGUGUCUUUUGGUCGGCACAAGUUAAGACGAGUCUCCCCCAGCCUAUUGAGAACAAGUCAAGCCAUGUCCUUUCACUGUUCUCCUGCCUCCCAGAGGAUAUGUCGAACGCAGUACAAGAAGGUGAACUGGCCUGGCCCCAGUGUUGCACACACUCUCCCCUACAACGCCACCCUCUCGUGGAGAGCCAAAAAAAUCCAGUCCGCAAGGAGUUUCCUUCAGAGCCGCCAGAGAUCAUGUCACAACAGAUACCCAGCACCCUUGCACCAUUGGAAAGAAUCUAGUGUGUGUUGGAUUCGGGGUAGUCUCUACCAAGUGUCAGCCAAUAAGCUCUCUCGCAAAGUCUGUCACAACAUGGCCAUCAACCGAACAGGACGAAGUUUCAACGCUUCCCACGUCUCUCCUACCAAUCUUGUGGCCACUCGCUCCAACAGCUCCCGUCAUUUGGCCAGCCGUGCAGUCCAGCGUAGUCUUACCAUAAUCCGACAAGCUCGUCAGAAGAAGCAGCCAAGACAGUACUGCAUGUACUACAACCGCUUUGGCAAAUGCAAUCGUGGCACCAGCUGUCCCUACAUUCAUGACCCGGACAAAGUUGCCGUUUGCACAAGGUUUCUGCGUGGGACAUGCAAACAGGCAGAUGGAACCUGUCCGUUCUCCCAUAAAGUAGCCAAAGAGAAGAUGCCGGUGUGCUCCUACUUCCUGAAGGGAAUCUGCAACAACAGCGACUGUCCCUACAGUCAUGUCUACGUUUCCCAUAAGGCCAAAGUGUGUGAGGACUUUGUCAGAGGUUACUGCCCCGAAGGAGAAAAGUGUAAGAAGAAACACACACUGUUGUGUCCUGACUUCAGUAAGACCGGUUCCUGCCCUCAAGGAGCCCGCUGCAAAUUGCAACACCGCCAACGUACCAAACGGACUGCAUCCACUCCCGUGAGACCUCGUAUCAGGCAACUCUCCAAAAGCCCCUGCCUGUCCGAGGUUGUUCUUCCACAAGGCUCUCAGGAAACACCAGGAACAUCUGCUUCAAGUUUGCUGGCACUGCCAUCUUUUAUCUCCCUCUCAAGUUCUCCAGAGGAGCCAGACACACCGGACACACUACAAGCCAAGACCUCACAGGUUAAAGACAAAAAACUGCAGAUCAAACCUCUGGUUUUGAGGAGCACAAAAGGCAGUAGCAGUGGAGGAGAACACCAAUGAUGAUGGUAAUUUGACUCUUUUCCUUCUAUGACUUUGUUUUAACUGUCAGUUACCGUUUACCACAUGUCAUUUUCCCUCAGGUUUUUGACUGAAAUGAGUAUUGCAAUCUUACCAGGUGUAGUUUGUUCACAUUCUGACCCGGGAAGAAGCAGUACGUAAGUUUUUAAGCCGUUCUUUUGUGUCCGUAUAGCAGGGUGUCCGAACACAUAGAAAUACAGCCAAGGAUGCCGGACGGCGGGUUAUUAAAGAGUUGGCACGUGAGCAUCCCCUCAAAGAACGAUACCUCCUCCUUGAAAAACAUUUCUGGAACCUAUUUUGCAGAGUUUUUGCUGACUCUUGUUUACUCGCUCACUGUGUUAAAUGUGUUACUUAAAUUUUAAAACAUAACAGAAGGUAGCUUAACUUAAUUUUUUUGCUAAGUCAGAGCACCUCCUCGGAAGUCUUCUGCCCUCACGUUUCUGAAAAAACUCCCGUGGCGCACAUUUGCACCUUAAAUGUGUCUUCUGUCGGAGAUCACAUGAUGUAACUUUGUGUGGAAAGGUGGUGACAGCAGCAGCGGCGUGCGUUCCUUUCAUGGCGAGAAACAUGAGCGUAAAAGACUUGAUAAUGACGCUGAUAGCAGGAGUGUUUUAGGCUCUGACCUCUGUUUGGUUGCUCAUGAAGAUGCCCGCUUGAUGGGGUGUAGAUAAUUAAAGAUGUAGAAACAGAAAAGCACUUGUUAAGCUAUAUUUUACCUGUCAAUCAAUCUAUAUAUUACUUGCUGUUUUAUUGUGUGGUUUUAUUUAAUUGACUUUCUCCUCGUUGCUGUUUAAGCUUUUGUAUUACAUUUCUGAGUUUUCAAAUAAAAGUGCCUUGUU